GUUUCAUGACGUGUAGAGUGGGCCGUGCGCGAAUAAAAUACGACUGGAAACGUCGGAAAACAGAUUUAUAUUUUUUUUGCGUUCUUUGGGGUGGUUUCGAUCAUAAUAAGUCUGGGUAUGUGCCUUGUUGCGUUUUUCGUGUAGCCUAAUCGAUAUCAGAUGAUUGGGGUCUUCGAAAGUGACGCAGUUGUAUAGUGUUCGUAAAGGAAUUUCUAGGUUAACAGGUGUCGAGAUUCUAAACAGAAAAUUCAGUAAAAGGAAUUGUAAUCUGCAUACGAAGUUUGUUGUGAGCACUAGCAAAACUAUUAUUUACUCUCACUAUUCAAAAAUUCCUCUAAAAUAGCAGUAGGUUCCAGUCAAGUUCAAUGACAUUCUUUCUAGGUCAAACCAUAGAAUGCCAAUAAACUUCUCUGGUCGAAAAUGCCCCAAUUUCUGUUUAACGGCGAAACAAAGCAUUUGAAGACAUCCUAUUCAAAUUAUAUCGAGAUCACAUCAAUUAGAGAUUGUUUUUACUCACCCAGUUUACUGCAAUAUUGCACUGUCACAAUUUUCUCCUGAUCUGUCCUUACUUUACCAAAAGACGCAGUUCAAUUCAGAAUUAUCUAAAAAACUACUUUUGUCAGUGAAAUAUUCUAUUGUUGUGCGUCAGAAACAUUGAAAUAGAUUUUUGGUCAAGCAAUUACUUCUGUAAUGAAGCUUCAUUAUCAGAAACAGGUUUUCCGAUGACCCUCGACAACUGAGUUUAUGUUCGCUCUUUCAGAAUUUGACGAGGAAAACUUCGUUCAUACAAAAUAUUUAUGGACUUACUUCAAAUAUCUCAUUUAGAAAUCAAACUCUAUGAUGAAUGGAAUUAUAAUGUUUUUAGAGAUGGAAACUUUUGAAUUGAAAUAAGAUUUUCAAAAAACUGAUUCUCAGUUUAAUUAAUUGAACAGUGUUCUCAAACUAAGUCAUUGUUUUCUGACAAGACCUUACAAGUGCAAAGAGUGUGAAAAUUAAUAGUCGUUCAACGAAAUUAUACGUUUCUUACCGAGCAUUCGUCGAUAUUUGUCAGUUGUACAAUUUUUCGGUUUUAGAAGCUUGUAACAGUUGAUUUCAUUAGCGGCAGCAAAAACCUAUAUCAUCAAAUUUUAGUUUUGAUAUUCUAGUUCAGUUUCAGUGUCGGGAUUGUAUAUUUGUCUUGUGUUUUGGAUGUUGUUUUCUUAGGUGUCAAAGUUCAAGAAACCAUUUGAUUUGCUCUUGGAUGGAAAAGUCCACUUUGGUUGAGGAUAGUUUUUUCAGUAUUUUCUUUCUAAGUACAGAGUCAGUCUAAAAUGGAGUCAUAUUCGUUCGAAAACGCGCUUCUCCGUUGAUGAGAGUGCUUAAAGACUGGAUAGUGCAGGUUUUCCGUUUUCUGUUUUUCCCCGAAAGUAGUUCAGAACAGGCAACCCUGUCGCGACCAACAGACCUACCGGAAGCUCUUUCGGAGGCUACCGACAAAGGGAAAACCGCGAAGACGGUGACGUAUGGCGGUUUCCCCGAGAUCACUGUCGCAGAUUACGACAAGAGGUUGACCCUACACGCGAAAAUGUUGGGUCGCCGCAACUCGAAAAGAUUCGUUAUCGGCGAUGACGAAUCGCCAGUCACAACACCCGACAGCCCUAUGUGCGAAAUGUUCCCUAAAGUGGACUCGGAUAAUAACCUCCAUAUACCCAGGGAAUGGUACACAAGAGCCAGGAGAUUGAAGGUCGGCGAACACUUGACGCCCAGCAUGUCCCAGGGAACCGUCAUGCUGCACAACAGGCUUCAAGAGAAGGAUUUUACUGUCGCCACUCCCGAAGAGUUUGUGAAGAGGUUUAAUGGGACGAAAGUUAUAAAUAAGGUACUGAUUGCCAAUAAUGGUAUAGCCGCAGUGAAAUGCAUGAGAUCAGUUAGACGAUGGUCAUAUGAGAUGUUCAAAAAUGAAAGGGCUGUAAGAUUCGUAGUAAUGGUUACUCCUGAAGAUCUAAAAGCGAACGCAGAAUAUAUCAAGAUGGCCGACCACUACGUACCCGUUAAAGGUGGUACCAACAACAAUAACUAUGCUAACGUGGAGCUAAUCGUGGACACUGCUAUUCGACAACAAGUUCAGGCUGUUUGGGCAGGAUGGGGACAUGCCUCCGAGAACCCUAAGCUACCAGAACUUCUCCAUAAGAACAACAUUGCAUUCAUUGGCCCUAACGAAAAAGCUAUGUGGGCUCUAGGAGACAAAAUAGCUUCAUCAAUAGUCGCCCAGACGGCUGAAGUACCCACUCUACCCUGGUCUGGCUCUGAAUUGAAAGCUCAAUACUCUGGUAAAAAGAUAAAAAUCUCGUCUGAAUUGUUCGCAAGAGGAUGCGUUUCCAAUGCAGAAGAAGGUCUGAAGGCUGCUCAGAAAAUCGGCUUUCCAGUGAUGAUCAAAGCUUCAGAGGGCGGUGGUGGAAAAGGUAUUAGAAAGGUCGACAACACAGAGGACUUCGCCCAGGCCUUCAGACAAGUCCAAGCAGAAAUUCCAGGAAGUCCGAUCUUUGUAAUGAAACUCGCCAAAUGCGCCAGACAUCUCGAGGUGCAAUUAUUAGCUGAUAAUUACGGUAACGCAAUUUCCCUCUUUGGUCGUGACUGUUCCAUCCAAAGAAGACACCAGAAAAUCAUUGAAGAAGCCCCUGCAGUUAUAGCCUCUCCUGACAUUUUGGAAGAUAUGGAAAAAGCGGCGGUUCGCCUAGCUAAAAUGGUUGGUUAUGUGUCCGCUGGUACCGUGGAGUACUUGUACGACCCAUCUGGUGCCUACUUCUUCCUCGAGUUAAAUCCCAGACUUCAAGUGGAACACCCUUGUACUGAGAUGGUAUCUGAUGUUAAUCUUCCAGCAGCCCAACUGCAGAUUGCCAUGGGUCUUCCACUACACUACAUCAAAGACAUCAGAUUGCUAUAUGGCGAAUCACCAUGGGGAACAACGGAAAUUAACUUUGACAAUCCAAAACAGAAACCACAACCUUGGGGACAUGUGAUUGCUGCCAGAAUCACAUCAGAGAACCCAGAUGAAGGGUUCAAACCUAGUUCUGGAACCGUCCAAGAACUCAACUUCAGGUCAUCGAAGAAUGUUUGGGGUUAUUUCUCAGUGGCAGCUUCGGGUGGUCUUCAUGAGUUUGCAGAUUCCCAAUUCGGACAUUGCUUUUCAUGGGGAGAAGACAGAGAACAGGCCAGGGAGAAUCUGGUUAUUGCCCUGAAAGAAUUGUCCAUCAGAGGCGAUUUUAGGACCACCGUGGAGUAUUUGAUCACUCUACUCGAGACCAAAAGCUUUCAGGAGAAUUCAAUGGAUACUCAGUGGCUCGACGUGUUGAUCGCCGAAAGAAUGACUUCUGAAAAGCCAGACAUUAUGUUGGGAGUCAUCUGCGGUUCGUUGCACAUAGCUGACAAGACCAUAAGCACAUCUUUCGAUGAGUUCAUAACCUCUUUAGAAAGAGGACAAAUCCAAGCUUCCAAUACAUUAACCAACGUUGUGGAUGUAGAAUUAAUACACGAAGGAUUUAAAUACAAAGUACAAGCUACAAAGAGUGGACCCAAUACUUAUUUCCUGCUAAUGAAUGGCUCUUUCAAAGAAAUAGAGGUGCACAGGUUAAGCGACGGUGGCAUCCUUCUCUCCGUAGAUGGUGCUUCCUUCACCACUUACAUGAAGGAAGAGGUGGACAGGUUUAGGAUUGUGAUAGGCAACCAAACCUGCGUCUUCGAAAAAGAGAACGACCCAACCGUCCUUCGUUCCCCUUCGGCCGGCAAGUUGUUAGGGUUCCUGGUAGAGGAAGGAGCCCAUGUAGACAAAGGCCAGGCAUUUGCAGAGAUCGAGGUAAUGAAGAUGUUGAUGACGCUAACGGUCAACGAGGCCGGUACCGUGAGAUACGCGACUAGGCCCGGAGCUGUUUUGGAGCCAGGCUUUAUUCUUGCUCACUUGGACUUGGACGAUCCAUCACUGGUCACGAAGGCGGUCCUGUACAAGGGCUCGUUCCCUGAGCUCGAUGUGUCCGUGCCCAUGAGUUCUGACAAGCUAAAUCACAUACACGUGGGCUAUAGGGCGGUCCUGGAGAACACCCUGGCCGGGUUCUGUCUGCCGGAACCAUACCAUUCGGCUCGUCUCAGGGAAAUCAUCGAGAACUUUAUGGCAAGCUUGAGAGACCCCAGUCUACCGCUGCUGGAACUACAAGAGGUCAUGGCUUCGAUUUCUGGUAGGAUACACAACAGAGUCGAGAAGCCUAUCAGACAGCUCAUGCUACAGUAUGAGAAGAAUAUUACUUCGGUUCUUUCACAGUUCCCUAGUCAAGAGAUCGCUGCUGUGAUCGACCAAUACGCUGCCACUCUCUCAAAGAGAGCUGAUCGCGACAACUUCUUCCUUGCCACCGAAGGCAUCAUACAGCUAGUCCAGCGAUAUCGCAACGGUAUAAGAGGCAGAAUGAAGGCCGCCGUGCAGCAUUUACUCAAACAGUACUACGAGGUGGAGAGUCAAUUCCAGCAGGGCAGCUACGAUAAGUGCGUGGCCCAGCUGAGAGACAAAUACAAAGACGACAUGUCACAAGUUUCCGCCACCAUAUUCUCGCACAGCCAGGUGCCCAAAAAAAAUCUUCUGAUCACAAUGCUCAUUGACCACCUGUGGACCAACGAGCCUGGACUCACAGACGAACUGGCGCCCGCUUUGAACGAACUAACCUCGUUGAACCGUUCCGAACACUCCAGGGUGGCUCUUAGGGCCAGACAGGUUCUAAUCGCUGCCCACCAACCGGCCUACGAACUGAGACACAACCAGAUGGAGAGCAUCUUCCUUUCCGCCGUCGAUAUGUACGGUCACGAGUUUCAUCCAGAAAAUUUGCAAAAGCUUAUCGUUUCCGAAACAUCUAUCUUUGAUAUCUUGCACGACUUCUUCUAUCACAGCAAUAGGGCUGUUUGUAAUGCUGCUUUGGAGGUUUACGUGAGGAGAGCGUACACAAGUUAUGACAUCUCUACUUUACAACAUUUGGAAUUAAGUGGCGAAGUUCCCAUCGUAUACUUCCAGUUUAUGCUACCACCUUCCCAUCCCAGCAGACUUAGCAAGCUCGAUGAGUUGAAGGACCCUCAGAUUGAAGAGAAUGACUCCAGGAAAGUCGUGGAUAGCUUCUAUAGAACAGGUAUCAUGUCUGCUUUUGACUCAAUCCAUCAGUUCGAAAAAUAUCUAGAUGAGAUCUUGGAUCUAAUUGAAGACUUUAACAGCACUGCUCAAGUGUCCCUGAGAGAUCUGAACGCUUUGGAAAGCGGUUCUGAAUCCAGAAACAAUAGCACGUCAAUCAAUGUCAGCCUUUCCAUAGAUCCUUCAACUGUUAAACCCUCAGAUGAGGAGAUAAUUCUUGAACCCAUUCACAUCAUGCAUAUAGGAUUUAAGGAUAAGGGUGACACUGAUGAUUCAUCGAUAUCUAAGAUUCUUGGAAAGAUCUGUAAGAAGUACAAAGAAGAACUGGAUAAGAGAGGUAUAAGAAGAAUAACAUUCUCAGCACUAAAACAUAAACAAUCCCCCAAAUUUUUCACAUUCCGAGCUAGAGAUGGCUUUAUUGAAGACCAAAUAUACCGUCACUUGGAACCGGCCUGCGCCUUCCAGCUUGAACUGAACCGAAUGAAAAACUAUAACCUCAAAGCACUACCUACUUCGAAUCAAAAGAUGCAUCUCUACUUGGGAAAGGCUAAGGUCGAGGGCGGUCGUGAAGUAACGGAUUAUAGGUUCUUUAUUAGAACCAUCAUUCGACACUCUGAUCUCAUCACUAAGGAAGCUUCCUUUGAAUAUCUGCAGAAUGAGGGUGAGAGGGUUCUUUUGGAAGCAAUGGAUGAAUUGGAUGUGGCAUUUGGUCAUCCUGAAUCUAGACGUACUGACUGUAAUCAUAUUUUCCUAAACUUUGUACCUACUGUUAUCAUGGAUCCUGCAAAAAUUAAAGAAGCUGUAACAAACAUGGUCAUACGAUAUGGAGCCAGACUUUGGAAAUUGAGAGUCCUUCAGGCUGAACUCAAAAUGAUCAUCAGGUCGACACCUAAUAGUCCUACAACUACUAUUCGGUUGUGCUUGGCCAAUGAUAGUGGAUAUUACCUAGAUAUCAACAUGUAUACUGAAGUUGUGGACAAAGAGACUGGAGUUAUAAAAUUCCAAGCAUAUGGCGAAAAACAGGGACCCAUGCAUGGUUUACCAAUCUCCACCUCAUACCUCGCUAAAGACUACCUUCAACAGAAAAGAUUCCAGGCCCAAAGUUCUGGUACAACAUAUGUUUACGAUUUUCCAGAUAUGUUCCGACAAAUGGUGGACCUACAAUGGAAACAGUACCAAGAAAGGAGUUCAGCCAAUAUCAAGAGCCCCGAUAAACUCAUGGAGAUUGUGGAGUUGAUUUUGGAUGCAGAAACGGAAACCCGUUUGAUUGAACAAAAGAGAGUACCAGGGGAGAACAAUGUGGGGAUGGUGGCUUGGAAACUCACUCUAUUUACUCCGGAGUAUCCCCAAGGAAGAGAUAUUAUCGUUAUAGCUAAUGAUAUCACACAUUUGAUUGGAGCUUUUGGGCCUAGAGAAGAUAAAGUUUUUGCAUUGGCCAGUGAAAUGGCUCGCUAUUUGAAAAUUCCCCGUAUCUAUAUAUCUGCUAAUAGUGGAGCGAGAAUUGGAUUAGCUGAAGAAAUGAAAGCUCUGUUCCAGAGAGCAUUGAUUGACCCUGAAGAUCCUGAUAAAGGUUUAAAAUACUUGUAUCUCACCCCAGAAGAUUAUGCUAAAGUUAGUUUCAAGGAUUCUUGUAUAGCAGAAUUGAUUGAGGAUGAUGGAGAGUCUAGAUACCGAAUUACUGAUAUAAUAGGCAAGGAUGACGGGCUUGGGGUUGAGAAUCUCAGGUAUGCUGGCAUGAUAGCUGGAGAGACCUCCAAGGCUUACAAUGAGAUUGUGACCUUUUCUAUGGUAACGUGCAGAGCUAUUGGAAUAGGUUCGUAUUUAAUACGAUUGGGACAAAGGGUGAUUCAAAUUGAGAAUUCUACUAUAAUUUUGACUGGUUAUCAGGCUCUGAAUAAGGUGUUGGGGAGACCUGUCUAUGCUUCAAAUCACCAACUAGGAGGUAUUCAAAUCAUGUACAAUAAUGGAGUGUCUCAUAAAACGGAACAGAGUGAUUUAGAUGGCAUUUAUACCCUUCUCAAAUGGCUUUCCUACAUUCCAAAGGAUAAACUAUCUCCAUUACCAAUAGUGCCUUCCAUGGAUUCGAUAGAAAGAUCUAUUGAUUUCCUUCCCACAAAAGCGCCUUAUGAUCCCAGAUUUAUGUUAGCUGGACGAAAAUCCCAAAAUGGUGAUUGGGAAUCAGGCUUUUUUGACAAAGACAGUUGGUCCGAAAUAAUGCAACCUUGGGCACAGACAGUAGUCACAGGUAGAGCAAAGUUAGGAGGAAUACCUGUUGGUGUAAUAGCGGUAGAAACAAGAACUGUUGAGCUAAAACUACCUGCGGAUCCUGCUAAUUUAGAUUCAGAGGCCAAGACUGUAUCUCAAGCAGGACAAGUGUGGUUCCCAGAUUCGGCUCAUAAGACAGCAACUGCAAUAGAAGAUUUCUCCAGAGAAGAUCUUCCAUUAAUUAUUUUCGCUAAUUGGAGAGGAUUCAGUGGUGGAAUGAAAGACAUGUACGAUGAAAUCCUCAAGUUUGGUGCCAAGAUUGUUGACGGAUUGGUGAAGUAUAAACAACCUGUCAUCGUUUAUAUACCUCCUAAUGGUGAGCUUCGUGGGGGUGCCUGGGCUGUGGUGGAUCCUCUGAUAAAUCCCAAUUUCAUGGAAAUGUAUGCUGAUACAGAUGCCCGCGGUGGGGUUCUAGAACCCGAAGGUAUUGUGGAAAUUAAAUUCCGUUUGAAGGACCAGAUCAAGGCAAUGCAUCGUAUUGAGCCUGAACUUAUACAAUUGGACAACCAGCUUAAGAAUCUCCAACAGAACCAACCUUUAGCAAUGCGAGAAAGGUCCUCUAGUAUAUCUCAAAAUGUGGAACGUCCCAAAUCGCAAGAAGUGCUCGAUUUAGAGGCCAAGAUAGAGGAAACAGAGAGGAGGUUCGUGCCUUUGUAUCACACUAUCGCGGUCCACUUUGCAGAUUUACAUGAUAAACCAGCUAGGAUGUUGAAGAAAGGCGCCAUAUCGGCAAUAGUACCUUGGAAGGAGGCUCGAAAGACACUUUACUGGCGUUUGAGGAGGCUGAUAUUGCAACACAAAGUUGUUAAGACUUUAACGGAAGCACAACAUAACCUUACAAUUGGUCAAGGUGAAGCCAUGCUCAGUAGAUGGUUCCUUGAAGAUCUUGGAACGUCAGAGGGAUAUAAAAAAUGGGAUGAUAAUGAAGAGGUUACAAAAUGGAUGGAAUAUCAAACAGAUGAACCUAACUCAUUGUUAAUGAGGAAUAUUAAUGCAAUCAAGGAAGGCUCUGCAAUAUCAGAGAUCAAAAAACAUUUAGAAAAUUGUCCAGGAAUUUCUGUGGAUGCAGUAAUGGAUAUAAUUCAGAAAUUGAAAGACCAUCAGCAAACUGAAAUCUUCAAGAGGAUGUCCAAUAAGUUUUAAAAACAUUAUCCUUUUUAUCAACAACAUUCCAAUUUACCUCAGUGAAAUGUUAUGAAUUUGGUUCCUCAUUCCUGUAAAUAUUGUAGUGUGACUGUUGUCAGAUUUUUGGAGUACUGGUUAUUUUUAUGAGAUUUUCUGGGAAAAAUAGCUUGUACAUAUUCAAGGUGAGGUUCAAUAGUUUUUUAGAGAAUUUAAAAGAGAUGAAAACAGAUUUUUCUAUUGGCCUUUUGUACAAAUUUUAUAUAAAGAAUGUUUAUUUAUUUAGAUAAUAAUAAUAUUAGAAUUUGAGUACCACUGUUAUUUUAUUGAAAUACAUUACUUUAUAUUGUU